AUGGCUCGUACCACGCUCUCUUUCUAUACCAUUUGCUUCAUCCUAGCUCUCACGGGCUCUGCUUUGCCGGCCAAGCGCGCAGACCCUGCCUCGCCUUCCAGUGAGGUUGCCCCCAGCGGCAUGGCGCAUAUUGCCUAUGAUGCUGUGAAGGUGAGCUAUACGCUGAACACGCCUGAUGGGACGGUGAUUGAUAGGACUCAGUCCACCACCCACGUGGCGCAGGAGAUCAACAAAGACUUCUACGACGGUGACGAUGAUGAGACGCCGAAGCCCACGCCCGUCAAUAUCCGCCCUGUUCCCACGCCGUCCAGCAGUGGGACAGCAACCAAGUCUCUGAAGGGCUUGGACAAAGCGCAAAGUGCAGAGAGAGUGCAUGGUUCCGAGGAACCAUCGUCCUCCCCCUCGCCCUCAUCUGAGACGAAGACCGACACCGAGCCCGAGGAGCCCGAGGAGCCUGAGGAAGAGACUCCAACAGAAGAUCAAAAGCAAAGCGAGCCUUCUCCCACUCCAACUCCCACAAAGAAGCAGUCAGGCAGCAGCUCUGCAACUCCAGCCACUCCUAGCCCCUCAGCUAAGGAAGACGACCCUAUCAAGAGUCUCCCUUUCAUCGGCCAUCUCCUGGGAAUUCUGUAA